GGGUAUAUGGGCCCAACUUCGUCUUGGGCAUUUUGUAGGCGUGUCCUCGCCAUCAUCGGGAGCUGCAUGCCUAAGCCGGAACCUCCAGUUUACCCCUGGGAUCUUGAAACCAUCAACCUGACCUGGAGUCCUGUUGGAUUAUAUGAUCAGCCAGACGUUUCGGGGCUCCCAUCAUGCGAGUAUGCGCUCUAUCUGUUGUCCACGGUUCAGUACCAUCUCGGAUCGCUCUACGAAAUCAUUGACCAUGAGUCUUUCCGUGAGCAGGUUGAGCGCUUCUAUCAAGAUCCUGCAGGAGAGGCUUAUCGCUCGAGGUUCUGGUAUUCACAGUUUUUGUUAGUGCUGGCAUUCGGCGAAGCAUUUUUGAACACUGGUUCGAAUAAAGGCGUUCCGGGCAUCAAAUAUGCUUCACGAGGGUUAUCUUUGAUCCCAAGCCUCAUUCCGUUGGACAAGGACAAGGAAUCGUUGGCGGUGGUGCAAGCUCAUUGUCUGGCGGCUUUAUACCUACAGGCUGUUGACUUGAGAUUGAUGGCAUUCCAGAUUAUUGGAUCAGGGCUGCGUCUCGCACUCAUUGAAGGAUGGCAUAGGCACAUGCCUCCAGAAGAUGUUGGCGAGCAGCACUCAAAACGCUGCAACACCAUUUUCUGGAUCUUGUAUAUCAUUGAUCGAGAAUACGGCCCGUUGGUUGGAGCCCCGAGUUCCAUCAGAGAUGAAGACAUCACGACAAAGUUGCCCUCCGAUAUCGACAGCUCCCUAAGAUCCGAUGCUCUCACGUUACAGAUCCGCAUGUCUCGUCUAACGGCAACAAUACUCAACGGUGUUUAUGGUGUUGACAGGAACUUUGACGGAACUUUACUCAAUGAUACACAGUCGGUGCUCCACAGCCUCGCAGACGUCUCGAGAGAUAUCAGCGCAUUUCUUGACACGAGACUUCAGAAAACAAAUGUCCGAUCCUCAAAGAUCGCCACAAGACUGAUUCUCUCAUAUCAUCACGUAAGUAGUACCUCCCCCAUACCAUAUCUGACACUGAUGAAGUUAGUGUGUUGUUUUGACGACUCGGCCCUUGGUCAUUACUCAGACUCCUUUCUGCCGUUUCAAAUGGAGACUGUCUUCUCGUCGGCCUUUCUACUCUACGUUAUCGACGCAGUAUCACCUGGUUUCGUGCCCGAUCAAACCUGGCUCGCAACUGCGUACGGAAUAUUCGACACAAUGAUCGCAAAAGGCAGUCCAGCAACACCACUUCGAAAACGAGAGCUACAGCGUUUGGAGCAGAUCAUGACAUCGUACCUCGGAUCCGGAUCUAAAGAAAACCCCUCGCCUCUACAAUUCCAAGAAGAGCCCAUUAUGAGGCGGGGAAUGGAUCUACCUGAUCAACCAGCAACGGCAGACGUUGCGUAUGUGGACGAGACUUCACUCUGGGGACUGCUGGGCUCUCAUGGAGGGUAUAUCUUGUCACCGGGGGAGAUUAUGCAGUUGGCCGAGGGACUCAACAUGGAGGAUUUCAUGGUUACACCUGAGGAAGGUGUGGCUCUGGGAGGGCAUGGUCAGGCUGAGAUAAACCCGGAUACGGGGCCAUGA